GUAGAACAAGAUUCUUUAUUCCCACUCCUUGAAUUCGAAGAUCCAAUACGAUCUCCUGUCAAGAAGUCCGUGGUCGUAAACUCGUCCCGCAAAGGCGCUGCUGAUGGACGCCGAGAAGGCGAGCGUAUGCGUGACGCGUCGGUCGCAGAUGCUUCUAAUGAUGACUCAACUUGCUACUCGCUUGGACAAGUAAGCCGCGGCUCAAAUAAAGUCGAUUUCACGGUCGACACUUAUGGUGAAUGGAAGAAUCCACAUGUUAUUUCUCUAGAAAACAUUGUUUAUGAGGGAUUCCGACUUAACGCCACUUUGACGGAGAUCAGUGGUGAACCCAUCGAUGAGUGGAACGCGACGUUCGCUAAUGCCUCGCAACUUCAAGGCAUCUACACUUAUACGAGUCAACGAGAAGGGCUCCUUGGAACAUCGCUCACCGUAGCAUGGACAACAACGGAUGUUCUUCCGCCCACGCCACCUCCUCCCACCACCCCAACGACUACUACCACUGUAGCAACGACGACACAGGGUUUGAGAAGAUGCACUUCGUUUCCGGGACACAAUUCUGAAGGGGGCACACUGUAUCUUCAGGUGAUGUGGACAAACCGAAGGACGUGCGAUGAAUUUAAGAAUCGAACGGAUGCUGUGAAGACUAUUUACAUUAAUAAUGCAGCAGUAGAUGUCUACUGUCAGUACGGUAAUCCAGGAGCAUAUACAGUUAUCCAAAGAACGUCCCUUGAGCGGACAAGUGGGGUGGAGAUGCGAACAACACAAGGAAUGUACAUGGUGGGCGGUGACAUGCGUUCUUUCGACGGCGUUAGCUACGAUCGCGUGCGAAUGGCCAUCUUCAGGAGCGGUCAGACGCCGGUCGCGACGAAGCCGUUUUGUAGCUGA